CUCAAUCAAAGCCGCCAUUUUACUUGUAUUGUAUCGCCAUUUCGUUUCUUUCGUGAGAUGGAGAAUUGGACAAGAAAGUGAGACAGAAAUAAAAUAUUCUGAAUCCUUUCCUAAUAUUUGUGUAAUUUAAAGUUGUUAAAAGUAAUAUAGGCACGAAAAUUAUAAGCAGACAAACGAGAUGUACAGCUGAUUGAAAUUGUGUGAUGAAAUAAUUGAUGUGUCGAUAUGUUCACUACGAACACCGUACAAACCGGCACGGUGCCGACGCUGCAGUAUCAAGAGCAUCCAACCCAAAAGUCACAAGGAAAAAACAUUGAGAACGUUCAACAAAAGAAUGCUCAACAGACUCAACAAACUCAGCAGCAACAACAACAGGAGUUCCCAACAUUCUGUUAUACUACAAAUGUCAACAUGAUUGGCAAACUGGGAACCGGUACCACAAGUGGUGCUGGGAAUGUAACCAGCGGAGUAAAUAUAACUCAACUUACUACAAGUGACGAUAAGACUUGUUAUAUAGCCCAACCAUUUUCAUACAACUAUGCAUUAGUGAAUCAAAUGCAAAUAGCUCCCAAUGGAAUCCAGAAUACAAUAUCAAAUAUUAGUUUUAAGUGUGAUGUCUGUGGUCUUAUGUUUGGGCAUUUAACUCUUCUGAAUGCUCAUAAAAGGAUACAUGCUCAAGAUACAGAGAGCAAUAUAACAGUUGUAGCGACCGGUGUAAGUACUGGAAAUGAUGUUGCAAUGCCACCACACAUUCAAAUCCUCUCCUCUGAUCCCAAUGAGCAGCAGCAACACCAUGUGCCAAUUCAAGACACUAAACCAGUCAUAAUAGAAAAAGUACAGAAAUGUAUUACUUGUGGUGGUCCUAUACCCAAUAACCCUAAAAGAAAGGGACCUAAACUAAUACGCUGUGAAAACUGUAUUGCACAAGAUUCUGUGGAUCAAAGGAAUAAUCAAUUGAAUGCAACACAAAUAUUUGUGGCGGCGGAAGAUAAUGUGAAAUUUGAAGUGAGCAAUGUGACUACAGUGCAGCCAUCUGCCGACCCACUGUCAACCACACAGACCAAUCAACAAACGCAACAACAACAGAAACCUUUACCUGGACACCAUCCUGUCAAGAGGAGAAACCUAGCAUCAGUAACAAAAUGUCAGAACUGCAACGGUUCAGGCAUUAUUUUUGUAGGCGGCAAUAAGAAUAAAUUAAGUAAUGCUAAUUUGGACAAGCCAUUCCACUGUAAUAUCUGUGGAGGAUCUUUUGCAAGAUAUUCCUCAUUGUGGUCACAUAAGAAGUUGCAUUCUGGUGAAAAGAAUUUCAAAUGUGGUAUCUGUGGUAUCGCAUUUGCUAAGGCGGUUUAUCUUAAGAAUCAUUCAAGAAUACAUACUGGAGAAAAACCGUACAGAUGUAAUACUUGCGGCAUGCAGUUUUCACAAUCACCACAUUUGAAAAAUCAUGAAAGAACUCAUUCUGGAGAGAAACCAUAUGUUUGUGAAGUCUGUGACAAAGGAUUUGCGCGGCACGCUACUUUAUGGAAUCAUCGGCGUAUACACACCGGAGAGAAACCAUACAAGUGUGAAACAUGUGGAUCAGCAUUCAGCCAGGCAGCCCACCUUAAGAACCAUGCGAAAGUGCAUUCCGGAGAGAAGCCUUUCAAGUGUGAUAUUUGUACGGCUGCUUUUGCAGAUAGAUUCGCGCUAAAGAGACAUCGGGGUAUUCACGACAAAUAUGGUCAAACAACACCAUUACCUUCAAGAAUACAACAAAACCAACAAGAGCAACAACAGCAGCAAACACAACAGAACAAUGAUCAACAGAGCACACAACCAGCUGUGGAAGUGGAACUCCAUGCUGAACAAACACUUUGAGCUUCAUGUCUUCCAUGUGUUUUGAGAUAAUCCCACCCUGUCAUUAAUUCAACAACAUUGAUGACAAAAAUGUCUAUAGCUCAAGCAACUAUGACUGUGUGAUGGCCAGAGACAUGUUAUUGUGAUAUAGAUGGCCGAAGUGUAUUCAGUGAUCAAUAGUAUUUCUCAUCAAUAGAUAUUUCGAAAGAUAUACAAUUUUAAUAUACAUAGUUAACGCAGCGGCAUAAAUGACUUACAUGUUAUGUGUUCAUGUAAUAAUAAUACGCAGGUGAUACAUCAUAAUAAUAUUUAAAAGGUUUCCCAUUAUUAGGAGUUUGUUUUACAUAUUAAUAAGGUAUACUCUCUGGUUGUUCUUAGCAGUCUCUUCUAGCACUGUCCCUUGGAGCAAGAGUUGUCACCCACCUGGGUGUAAAUUUUUCUCAAGUGUUCACUUUCAAACCAUACCAAAAGAGACUGCUUACUGGUAUUUACUCUUCUCAAUAUAACUGGUGUUCAAUUACUGUGUUCAAGGGGACUACUAGGAACAAUUGAUAAUCUCAACGAUUAUUUAGCCUUUUAAAAUAAUUGGCUGUGGAACACAACAUUUUAAUUUUUAUGCUCCAGUAUCUGUUGUGAUUUUUUAUCAAAACAUUGUAAAUAAAUUGAAUUCAGGUGCAUCACUAAGCCUAUGUGAUUUAGUAUUUGUAGCAUAUCCAAGAGAUGUCAAUGAAUUUUUGUUAUAUAGAUUAUGGAUGGGAUGAACUUACUAAUAUUAGAAGCAAUACUUUGUUAUUACAAUUAUGUAGAUAAAUGGUUCUCUGCAAUAUUUUAUUCAGAAUAGUGGAUAAACAAUUUACUCUUUAUUUUUUAUAUAUAGAUGUUAAUUAUCUAAUACAUUUUGAAGUAAGUGCAGCUCAUCCAGAGGCACCCGCAUCACAGUGAUGCAUUUUAUAAGUUAAACCUGGAAUUUUUCAUUAAGGAAUAUAGUAAAAUUUUUGUCUAUAA